CAAUUAAUCUGAUUCUAACCCACUUGAAUCAAAUGAAUAGCUCACAAGAAGAACAAGGUAGUUCUUCCCAUGGAGAUCAGAAGAGGUACAGGGGAGUUCGUCGCCGGAAGUGGGGGAAAUGGGUAUCAGAAAUCAGAGUUCCAGGCACUAGAGAUCGGCUUUGGUUAGGCUCAUACUCUACUCCAGAGGCUGCCGCCGUCGCCUACGAUACCGCGAUGUUCUGUCUACGAGGUCCCUCGUCGGCAACUUAUCUGAACUUCCCUCUGUGUGUUCCCACCAUCCAUGAGAUCAACAUGUCUCCAAAGUCUAUACAGAGGGUAGCAUCCAAUGCAGCCAUGGCAAUUGAUUUCAACCUUGCCAAUAGGGCUCCUGAGGUUGCCACCGAUGACCCAGUAAAAGAAGGCGAAACGAGAGUUACCCAACCUGAAAUCUUUGAAGAUACAGAUGAUAUUGUCCCUGUCAUGAAUGAAGGAAGCUACCUUAAAGAGGAGGAGACCUUAAAUAUUUCCGUCGACGACAUGGAAAUAUAUCUCGGUUAGUUGAAGAGUAAUAGUUCAUUGAUUUUGUUCCAGCACAGUUUCUUAGAUUAGAGAUCAGAUGGUUGCUUUAAUACAAUCUUAUUGUUUUUUAUGUA